AGACGACCGCACCCCGAAAGCUGCUCUCUCCUUCUCAUAUCGGCCGAAGAUAGCUCUCGUACCCUUGUCUUUCGUACUUCUACAUCUACAUCUCUCGGUCCUCUUUCCAAUUCGAUUAGACAUUUCUUCCAACUUGACAAUUGAACCUGUACCAGAAGUCAAGCUCAAGCAACAACGCAAUCCUCCCCAACGAAAUAGUAGGAAAUCAGCAGCCAUGGACGUCGCAUCGCUCUUCAACGUCAAGGACAAAAACAUCCUCGUAACAGGCGGCGCAAAAGGAAUAGGCUACAUGAUCUCAGAAGGCUACGUCACAAACGGCGCGACAGUCUACAUCUCCUCCCGCGACGCAAAAGCCUGCUCCGCCUCCGCCGCCGCCCUCACAGCCAAAGGCCCCGGAAAAUGCCACGCCAUCCCCGCCGACCUCCAGAAGCUAGACGACUGCAAGCGCCUCGUUGACGAGCUCGCCAAGCAGACGGGCGGCAGACUCCACGUCCUCGUGAACAACUCGGGCGCCGCGUGGGGCGACGCCUUCGAAACGUACCCGGACGCCGCCUGGACCAAACUCUUGACGCUGAACCUCCAGCGCGUCUUCACUUUGACACAACUCGCCGCGCCCCUGCUCGAAGCCGCCUCUUCCGGCGCGGGCGCGGGCGACCCCUCGCGCAUCAUCAACAUCGGCAGCGUAGACGGCCUGCGUGUCCCGCUCAUCUCCUCGUACGCCUACAGCGCGAGCAAAGCGGGCCUGCACCACCUCUCGCGCGCGCUCGCCAGGGAACUGGGGCCCAGGGGCAUCACGAGCAAUACCUUGGCUUGCGGGCCGUUUGAGAGCAAGAUGAUGGCGGCCACGCUCGAGACGAUGCGCGAUACCAUCGAGGAGGAGAUUCCGAUGCGGAGGAUCGGGACGCCGCAGGACGUCGCGGGCGCGUGUCUGUUCUUGAGCGGACGGGCGGGCGCGUUCGUGACGGGGGCGACGAUUACUGUUGACGGCGGGAUUGUGUUGGCUUCCAAGUUGUGAGAUGGUGCCUGGGGGAGGGCAUGUUUGGGAGUGUAGACAUGUGUAAAUGGAAAUGUCAUCAAAGGGUUUUGAUUCAUUCUUACAGGCUCAGGAUCACGGCAAGAAUAUGAAGGAAAGAUAGGAGAGCGAACGGCAGCCAAUCAUUGGGGCCAUGUCACAUUAGAGAUACCGCGAUCUUUAACCCAAAAGAGUGUUGGAAAAGACCAGAUAGAAUGGCCAUAUUUCUUUAUAAAUCAAAACGUGUAAAGCAAGAUCUAGGUAAGACCGUUUGUCCUCCUCAGUGGUAUUCAUACAGGAAAAAUAGUAAAUAAAAAUGGUGAGCGGAAUCCAAUUCAACUGGGUCGUGGUAGAUGCCCAGGUUUCUUCCCUCCUAAAACGCCAAAAGUCGUGUCCAGAAUUCGUGAUAUCAAAACGAAAUUCCCCGCAAUGCAAUUAUGCCCCCCGUUUGUUCCGUGUACGCCAUUUGUUGUGUGAAUGUGUAGUAGUGUGGUUGCGUGUGUUUAUCAUGAAGAAAACCCCCAGUGAAAUGAACCCGAUGAGAUGAGUCUUUGUCUAUCCCCGCCUCUAAUCACCGAGAAGAAAUGCGAAACCGUGUAGAGUUCCCCAGAGACUUCAAUGUCGAUUAAAUGUCGUGCAGCGAGCGGGUGAAGAGGAAAAGCGAGUGAGUGAGAGUGUGAGAGGAAGGGAAAGAGAUGGGCCGAGGAAGGCCACGCCAGUGCCUGAAUCUGGUGAGGGGAAGAAGAGCUAAGGGAAGUCCAGUGUCGUCGGUUUAAUGGCACGGCAAACUCUCUCUCUCGCCCUGGUCCCCCUCUGCCCCGACUCCGCCGAAGCGUUGGCGCGGUGCCUCGGUUUCCCUCUCGGCCCCGUAACAGCGUUUCAGCGGGGUCCUCUCAUCCGAUGAAAUUCGGAGUAUUCGUUCCUCAAAAUGACGGUCUGAGCCAGUUGGAGAAAAAGGUUCCCGAGACGAUGGGAAAACCUCGGUCGCUUUCGGACUCUUUCUUUGCGUGAACCGAACAGAAUGCGGCAUCCAUCUAUGAGAGCCCGCAAGACUCAAAGUCGCGCAUCAUGACGGCCAUCUGGGCACGUUUUGCGGCCUCGGCGACGAGAGUGAAGUCGCGGAGGAAGGCCUCGGUUGAAGGGGGCUGCUGGCCGUUGGGUUGGGGUGGCGCCAUCAUCUGGUUUGUGGACAUGUGCGACGAUGAGGAGGAGAUGGAGGACGUGGAGUCCUGGCGCUUGGGAGACUGGAUUGGUGCGUUCAUGGUGGGCGGUGUGUGGUGGGUGAUGUUGAUGAUUUUCGAGAUGUUGUUGUGGUUGUGAUACGAUUCUCUCAAUGACGAGAGAGGGUUGGAGUAUUCGGGUGUGGGAUGAUUACUGCGUAGUGCCAGGAACCAAGGUCGGAGAAGGGGGCGAUGGAUGGUUGGUGGUAUUAUAUUCCCCAGAUCUUCGAUUUCGGAGCGCAGAUCUUGACUCUUUAUGUGAGACCCCGAGUAGCACAGGUACCUGAAAAGUAGGUGAUGUCAGGCAGGGGGUGGGGAGGAGGAAAAGGCGGGAUCAAGAAGCUAAGAAGGGUGGAAUGGGAAAAGUCCGACAAGAGUGAAGGUGCGGAAGAUCUCCUUUUGUGAAAAAAGGAAGGAUAGUCGACAGUGAGUGCGGAGUAGGUAGACACGAAAAAAGUACGUGUAGUGUCUGAGAUUUUACUUAAGACCAAGCAACGAGCAGCGGGAAUGCCGUGAGGCGUGGGGUGUGUGGGUGAGGACGGCGGCUGGUUUAAAGUGAUCGUGGGACGACCCUGGGUUGUCGGUGACAGGCUAUAAUUGCGGGACCGCUUGUCUUUGCUUGCAACAAUAUUGGAUGGGCAAUAUUGGAAUUCGGCGCGAUUGCGGAUUACCAACCCUUGCUCCGGCAGCGGGUAACAAGGCCAAACGAGUCGGUGGAUAGAUUGAGCGAGCGAGCGAGUGCGUUGAGAGGCAGAUAACCGAGCGGGAGGCAGGCCAAGUUUUGGUUUCUCUUUUUUGGCAAAAUAGAAAGAGGGAGAGGGAGAGAGAGUGAUUCGCAGAAGUGAGACAGGCAGAAGGGGGAUCGGCGAUACCACAGUCAGGCGCGGAGGGAUGUUGCGACUCUUAUGUGUGGGAUAUCGUUCGAGUGUGUAGCAGCUGAGCCAGGCCUGGAGGACAGAAUAAGGCGAGUGUGAGUCGGUAGUCGACGCGGGCUUGCUUGCGUAGGUAUGCGGGAUAGUGUGGGUGGUAGCAGCAGCGUUUCCUUGCUUGAGUCUAUGUAGGAUUCUGAGCCGAAAGAAGGCUGGAGCAAGUAGUCUAUUGUGUGCGAAGUACGAAGUAGAGGACAGACAGCUCGUACGGGUUUGUGUGUGGGUGUGCGAGUGAUGAUGUGAUGGGCUUGUCUUUGAUUGGGGUUGGUUCGCGGGUUGUCCAGUUGACUUGCUUUUGAUCCAGACGAGGAGCGUGGGUGGGUGUGGUUGAACAGUUAAAAGUGUGGGAGGAGUGUGGGAGGGAUAGGAUAAAUGUGGUAAUUGGGCCAGGAAAGCUUGGGGUGGGCGAGUCGAGAGGAUAAAGAGAAUAAUAUCAGAGGUGUGUGCAGGUGUGUGUGUGUGCGCGAGUUUGUGUCGUCUGCUUUUUCCCAUCUACCGACGCAAGACCGAGAUGGUUGUCCGGGUUUGGUUAUUUACUUUGCCAAAGUAAGUGUACACGGUUACGGAGAGUAGCCGCGGUUGAAGAAUCCAUCUUAUCUCCAGUUCUUUUUUUUUUCUUCCCUCUCUCAGUCUUCCUCUGCCCAGCGGGGAGAGGGAAGAAAAAAGAGGGACGAUACUCCAUAUGUCUUCACGUUAUUUCCCGCCGUCUCAUCCAUGACGCUCUUUGCCCUGGACCCGACCAACUCCUGGAGCCGCGAUAAUAAGUCCGAAGAUGGAGGUGGAUAGGGUGAGUGAAUGAGCGAGAGCUUGGUAUGACGCCGAACCGCCGUCUGCAUGGUUUCCUUCUCUCUCUUCCUCACUCUCUUCGCCUAUCGUAUCGCCUCGGCUUCCUCUCUUUGCCUCGUCAAGGAGACAACGACGCAUGCUUAUCCAUCAACCCCAAUAGCCACCUACGACCCAGCAUGGCCCAGCCCAGAUCAACACCAAGCAGCCUGCUUGACCUGAUGUUUGUCAUUGCGGGGAGGUACUUUCAGAGGCACAAGCGUCAGGCGUAAAGCCUCGCGGUAAACGUCGCCAAAAGCAGUAACUGAGG